ACACGCCUCGAACAAGUGCAGCCCGGCGAACGCGUCGCGUGCACGCAGCUACUCCUGCCCAUCAGGCCGAUCUCAUCCUGAAUUCCUGACCAGUGAUCACUAAACAAUGGCAGGCAGCAAGCCCUAUAAAAGCCCAGCUCCUCGCCAUUUCGGAAGCACACACCACCACUGAGCCUUCCAGUCAAGACACACCAGCUGUCUACUCUAGUGCCACUGCGUAGUGCUCCACUUGGUAGUUCACUCCUAGUGGAGGCGAUGGCCUCAGCAGCUUCCAGUAGCUUCCUCCGUCGGAGAACCCAUGCUCUGCUCUUGCUCCUGGUGCUGGCGCUCCUGAGCUCGGCGCGGGGCUCCGUGGCCGCGGGAGUGUCCGUGGCCAGCCCCAGCAGGAGGCUGAUGGAGCUCUACAAGCCGCCGCCCAGCGACAUGCUGAGGUACCACGACGGCGCCGUGCUGAGCGGCGACAUCUCCGUCUCCGUCCUCUGGUACGGCCGCUUCACGCCGGCGCAGAAGGCCAUCGUCACCGACUUCCUCCUCUCCCUCUCCGCCGCGGCGCAGGGGCCGUCCGUCGCCCAGUGGUGGAGCAACAUCAACCGGCUCUACCUCUCCAAGGCGGCGGCCGCCAGCAAGAACGGCGCCCACGGCGGCGGCGCCAGGAUCGCGCGGGUGGUCCUGGCCGGGCAGGUCUCGGACGAGGGUUGCUCGCUGGGGAAGAGCCUGAAGAUGUCCCAGCUCCCGGCGCUGGCGGCGAGGGCGCGCCCGGCGAAGGUGGGCGGCGGCGUCGCGCUGGUGCUCACGGCGCAGGACGUGGCGGUGGAGGGCUUCUGCGCGAGCCGGUGCGGGCACCACGGCUCGUACGGCGGCGGCGGCGCGCGCGCGGCGUACGCGUGGGUGGGGAACCCGGCGACGCAGUGCCCCGGGCAGUGCGCGUGGCCGUUCCACCAGCCGGUGUACGGGCCCCAGGCGCCGCCGCUGGUGCCGCCCAGCGGGGACGCCGGCAUGGACGGCGUGGUGAUCAACGUGGCCAGCAUGGUGGCCGGCGCGGUGACCAACCCGUUCGGGGACGGGUUCUACCAGGGCGACCGCGGCGCGCCGCUGGAGGCCGCCACGGCGUGCGCGGGGGUGUACGGCAGGGGCGCCUACCCCGGGUACGCCGGGGAGCUGCUCGUGGAUAAGGCGACGGGCGCCAGCUACAACGCCAACGGGGCCCGCGGGAGGAAGUACCUGCUCCCGGCGCUCUACGACCCCGACACGGGUGACUGCGCCACCUUGGUGUGAGAAGAGAGCGCGCGCGCGGCGCCGUGUCUUGGCAUCCGUCAGUGGAAGAUAAAGUGACGAUGUGCUUGUGCGUCAGCGUGUGUGUAGUAAUUUGGCGAAGGUCGAAAUGGAGUGUUGUCUAAGGGUCUGAUUGGUUGGAUGCUAAAAUUUUAGCAUGUUAGAGUUUUAGCAAGCUAAAAGUUGGAUAAAAGACUUGCUAAAUAUGGAAAAAAAAUUUGUAAAUAGUGGUCAAAAUUUUAGCAUGCCAACAUUUUGACAUCAAACCAAUUAGACCCUGAAACACCAACUGGAUGUAAACUGUAUAAAAUGUGAAGUAUCUGUUUCUCAAGGGCUUUGUCUCGUCUUUCUAUAA